CUUUCUUCCAUUUUUUGAUAACCUAUUGUUCUUCUCCAUAGCUGACAAACAGUCCAACUCUAAUGUCAGCAGAAGAAGAGCGUACUGAACCUUCUUCUAGCACAUAUUCUUUUGCCAAACAACAUGCCCGUCAAGGCAAAAAGAAUCCAUUAUCUCACUGGGAGAAGCUUCGUGAAAAUGUAAACGACUUGCACGAAAACAACUUGUUUACUGUCUCUUCAGUGGCAUCGUCGAGUUCAUCCUCAUCUCGCAACAAUUUUUCACCCAACAAAAACAAACACUUGAAUCCGUUUAUGCGAUCAGCUACGUUGGAUCCUGAAUCUCGCCCCACCUUGGCCAACACUGCACUUGUAGCAGCACAAGCUGCCGGCAUGAGCCAGUUUACUCGAAACUUUCGUCCUACUCGACAUCAAAAUGGUGUGAUUUAUGCUACUUUGACUGGUGUUCAACAAGACACUUAUCGACUUGAACGCGAUCUUGAUAAGCUACUCGCUCAGUUAAAUGCUCGGUCUCAGUAUGCUAGUUUUGCAGAAUCACUUUCGACUUUUGUACCUGCUACAACAACAGCUACGCUUAUGGCAUCGGGUAUAGAGGAGAACAACAAGCGCCAAGAUGUCACCAAGAUUUCAUUUAUUAUGUCAGCCAUUCUUGAGUCUAUCAAGAAGCAUAAAUCAGCUACUCGAUUACCAUUGACAGGUGAAUUGUUGGCUGUCUUGGCAACCCCUUUUGACAGAUCACCGUUGCUAGUCUCUGAUUGUGAACAAGCACUAGAUAUGUUUGAUUAUAUUCGAGAUAGAUUUACUCAACUGGAUGUAACAGAAUAUUUUGAGCAAUUGCAAUUCUUGUGUCGUUUAUUAGGGUUAGGCAACCUUAACCUGAAAAAGCGCAUUUUAGAUACACUUCGCAUCAUGUUGUUACCCUGCGCAAGAAACCCUUCGUUUUUACCAUCCACACCUACUGCAUACCAUUCCAUUGUCUAUACCCUCACCAAUGCACUCGUUAAUCUCGAUAUGCAAAAAUAUCACAACAACGAUAUUAUCAAAGAACACACGAUUAACGAUCUCAGUGCUGAAGAAUCUCAUAUUCAAUCUGAUAUACUCAAAAUUCUCGAUUCAUUAUCCAAUGGCACAUUGAUUCCUCCUAUGGGUAAAUCAUGGUCUGCUUAUCAUUCAGGGCAGACUGUACCAGUCUCUAUAGCCAGAUUUUGUGUUAUAGAAGGUCUAGUAAAAUCUAUCAUGGUCGAUGACUGCACUCAACAUAAUCCGCAUAUCAAAACAUCUAUCACUCACGCAAAACAAAUCCGUGACCGACUUAUACUCAAAGACUUGCUUGAGCGAUAUUGGAUUGAACCAGAGAAUGAUACUAAGCCAGCGUAUUUAAAGAUUGUGUUUUUGAUUUCAGAAUUGGCAUGCGAAGCCUUUUUUGUGUCGACCAUAGACGAUCUCAAAAACAAAAUGUCAACUGCUUCCAUGUUAUUAUCACUGUUGCAUAACAGACUAUCGCCUACAACACUUCAUUUGUGCCUUGUAGACAGACACACGAAUGAAUCACAAAAGACAAUAGCUCUUAAUAUUGUCAAUAUGUUAUUGGCAUUGUUAUCCAUCACCAGUCUUGAAGAAAAGCCAUUAAGGCCUUCGGUUCCAAGCCAUUUUUCCUCACCCAACCUAAGCCCUCGUCCUUCCAUGCCUGACUUUGCCAAUGAUCAGCUUUCUAUUUCUGAUAUACAAAGUAUACACAGCAAUCUAGAGCUCAAUACAAAUGAUACAGCUGCCCUCAAAAUUAUAUCAACCAUCAAGUCAUUUGUAGAAGAGUUUUGGCAUGCAGGCUAUAAAGAUUUCAUGAUUGAAGGUGUAGAAUCUAUGCAUCAAGAUACAACUAGUGAUCGUACAUCAUGUGCAUAUCAAAACUUGGUACUCCACCUUGACCCUGUUAUGGGUGAUGAAAUAGCCAAAAAGACUUUGCCUACUUUAUUUGAAAAACUAGUCGAUAGUUAUCCGCCUAUCACGCCAGGUUUUUGUGCCAUGAUUCAUGCACUCUCUAAGAAGUAUCGCCUGUAUUUCUAUAAACCUGUGGUUGCUUGUGCUGCCUCCAACGAUGAAGAUAAAGUGACUCACAUAUUAGCACUCAUCACUUGUUUGUAUCGCUAUGUUACGGGUGUCCAAUUCUGGAUGCAGGAUGCAGAAAUGAUCAAUGUAUUACUACUCAGUGACAUUGGUCAGUCUAAAAAGAAGGGAGAUGUGUCAAGUGCAUCUUCCUCACCUCAAUCUACCCAAGAAGCGCAGUGGGGAAGUACUACCUUGGGCCAAUGCGUGAUUGCUAUGGAAUUUAUGUGGACUAUCAAAAGCCUACGUGCCAAACAACAAGACCCACACCGUGAUAUGGAAGAGGACGAAAUUGCUAAAAAGUUCUUGAUUGAUCUUGAGCGUCGUCUGGCUGUCUUUUUGGCUGCUAAAGAAAAGACCCGGUGGGUGCCUAUGCCAUUGCGUAUUAUACUCUGCAACAUCUUUUUUGACAUUCGUUUCUUUUGUAACACAACCCAUCGACCUGGUUGGUUAGCACGUAUGGUGGAGUGGGCAACACAGCCUGUGAAAGAUAUCCAUUCGAGUGAGGAAUCUUUAUCCUUGACCGAAAAUGCCAUGCCCGCAUUGCAUGCAGCCCAUAUAUCGGAUGUUUCAUACAUGUUUCAACGCAUCCAUAGUGUAUAUUUAAAUGUUGUCGAACAAUUACAGUUUGAAACUAUUUCGCUCAAGCCUGUCUAUAAAGUCCCUGAACAAGCCAAUGUACCCCGCCACCAACGCCAACAAACCAUUCAGACCAUGUAUCCUAUCAGUCGCUCUGCUGCUCUCUCACUUAAUUUAGACCCACCUCAUUCCAUCACAGAUGAUCCAGAAACUGAGCCUGAGGGCCCUGCACUCAAACUAGCCAAAUACCGAUUUGAAAAUAUGGAACAAGUCAACCAAGAUCCAUUUGGCUCUGUGUUUUCACUUUUGGCUGCUGUAUUUACGACUUUAUCAUCCAAUGAAUUUGGAAGACUUGUAAAGCCUUUAUGGGAGCGACAUAUGGAUGAUCGUUUACCUCAAUCGUUUAUUCCUGCUGUCUUUUUAUUAAUGCAAUGCGGUGAAAAGAUUCCUAAAACCAUGAUUGAGGUGUCCACCCAUGAUUUUUAUAGUGGCGAUCCUUUGCGUCGUUUGACUGUGAUCCAAAAGCAUUCUUCACUUGAAGCUUUUCGUUUCAAUGUGCUCAGUCAAGAAUACAUUCCUAUUUCAUCUCGGCGAAGACCUUUUCGAGGUGACGGUGGUGCUUUUUCCACGCCUUUUGUACCUACUGAUCUUGGUAGUAAUCAAUUCACACUUGAUGAACCACGUUGGAUGGCCAAAUUAAAAAAUGCCAGUAAUUUUCCUAUUGAACUCAAGCGUCAAAUUCAAGAACUCGGCUGGGACGAUGAUGACAAUGGAGAAGAACACGAAGCACUCAAGAAGGUCUUGAUUCCCUUGGCCCUUUUACCUUCCUUGUUUCUAGAGGAAGAAGAAGAACGACUGAAUGAAGACGAAAAUCCAACAACACCGCACAAGAAAUCCAUUGAUAUCAGCAAGAUUAUUGCGCGUCGAAAACGAGCUACCACCAUUCAUUCAUUCACCAUUUCGUUUUUAAGUAUGGUGGAUUUACUGAAUGACGAUUUUGGCGGUGCUGCAAACGCAUUACGUGAAUUACUGGAGCAUUAUCUGAGAGAUGAUCCUGCUUUGUUUUCGCGUGCAUUUAUUAAUGACUUGGGCAAGUUCAAAAUUGACCGCCAUCGAGAUAUGUUAACGCGUGUGCGUUCAUUGAUUAGUAUACAGCACAAAUUACCUCCCGGAUUCACGCACAUCUUGCUGAAUUACUUGGCUGGUAUGCUGAAAUGGUUAGUGCGUGAAAAUAAGCCGGAUGGUCUUGUCUUGAUGACCUUGAUCCAUCCCAUCUUGGCUGAACUGAUAUUGUCUACCAAUGAUCUGUCCAUUCGCGACUUGCGCAAGAACAAAAUUGAGCACUUGCUAGUCAGUACAGGUCGCUUUUGGUUUACGCAUGAACAGCCUGCCAACUUGUUUCCUCGAUACAUGUCAGAUACAAAAUCAACUUUCCAAAUAUUAGACAUUCCACCUGAAGUGUUUUCUGUGGGUAUGCUUCGUAUUAGUCAUAUUCAGUUCUUGACGAAUUACUUGAUACGCUAUCCUCGUGAAGUCUAUGCUGUCAAAAAGACACUGCAAGACUAUGAGCCCAUGCCUGUGCCUGGGAGACUGCGUGAACCACGAUGGGUGUCUGAAGAAAUCUAUUAUCCAGAUACCACUCGACGAAAGAAGCGUGAUUCAGAUACUUAUCUCUAUCAACAAGAAGAAAACUUAAUGACACAUGUACUCCAGCAUGAUGAAAAGCCCUAUCGUCAAGAAGGCCAGCAAAAGCAACACACAGAGACAUUGUCUGCGCUUCGUGCACGUAUUUGGUUAAGAUUCAUUGAUAACUUACUCAACGGUCUCAAUCGAAACUACAACGACCGUGAUGAACUAGAACGUAUCUUGCAAGGCAUCAAUACGAUUAUUACGGAACACAAUCGUGAUUUUGGUAUCCUUGGUCAAGCUUUGAUUCUUUAUACGCGUGUGGUCACUCGAUUCAAACGUCUGUUUAGCUCUAAUCGUGGUUAUACCAUUUUCUUGCCUGCCUUAUUCAAGAUCUUUUGUGAAGCCGAUUGUUUUCCUCAAAUAAGAUCUGCCAUCAUCUUUGCUUGGUGUCGAUUUUACGCUGUGCAUGAAGAAUCGUUUGUGUUUCAAAUGUUGGGCACACUUGUACCUACCACCUUGAAUGCUUUUAACAAGUCUGAUGAACUUGGUGAUUGGAUGUUGGAUAACAUGUUUGUCCUGAUGCAAGCUAUGCAUGAUCCUCCUAGUUUGGGCGCUACUUCCGAUGUUCUUGGCUUACAGCUACAGGUCGAGCUCGAUGAUCAUGAGCGCACCAUUCAAGAACGCAUUGAUGCAGCCAGUAAUCCUAUGGCUAUUCCUCUUUCCACUACGAUUCUCAAACCCUUAGCCAGAAGUGUGACUACACCCAUUGCUCCUCUGGAUGUACACAACUAUAACAACCGCUCUUUUGAGCUACAGAACUUUAUUAAACUGUUUUUGACCAUCAUUGCUUAUGAUGUAGGUUCAUUACGUGCAGAACAGUUUGUCAAGAUAUUUCGUCAUAUGAUUCCUAGGUUUCAUCGACUGGUCUUGCUGAGAGACAUAUUGGAUGAAGGCAUUGCUGCCCUGAUUGAUGUGUUUGUCAAGUUUAGUAAACAUGCCAAAGUGGCUGUGACAACUCCUUCACCAUCCACCACAGGCGGUGGUUACCAAGGAGUUUCUUCUGGCGAACAUGACAUUCCCCGUGCACCUGGAAGUGCAAACCGGACUGAAUCAGCACAACAUGCCUAUGGCAAGCAAUGGCAACAGAACGAUAAAUUAACAGUAAGAAUGGAAUUCGUGUUACUUGUUCAUGAAUACUUGAAGCAUGAAGGCAUACUGACUGAAGUCUCGCAUGAAAAAAUGGCUCAGAUUAUUCGUACUGUCAUGCGUGAUUAUAGUCAUGUAAAAGGCAUUUAUUUCAAGACAGAUUGGCUCAAGGAUUAUUUGGUGGACUGUCUGCAUUCGAUGGUUGACAGUCGCAACCAUACCAAGGCUUUUAAGAAAGUAUUGAAUAUUAUCUUUUCACAAUACAGAUCUCAAUGGAAAUACAUGGACGCUUCUGAUCUCUAUCAUGGACUGGCCAUUGUGCUUGAAAAGGGACAAGGCAAACCUGUCAACAUGCAUGACAUUGCUGGAUUUAUCAAUGAGAAAUUCGUGCCAUUUGGUAUGAAUGCAGCCAUCCAUUCUAACUGGGAAAACGAUGCAAAAGGCCAUAAUAGAUUUUGUAAUGCGCUUGUGCGACUUGUGAUUGCUAUCAUGGAGAAUUCAACGCAAGAUGUACUGGCUGAAAUAGAAAAUCAGACACCUACACCUGGUUUGAUUUGUUAUAUCUUGGUGCCUAUUUGUCUUCAAUACAAUCUGCAAUGGGAUUAUAGCAAUAUGCCUAUGUCAAACAAGUUCCGACCUGAUCCUACCAGCAAUUGGAUGCGGUUAUUAAACUAUGUAUCAAGAGCAUGCAGUCAAGCCUUCUUACUCAAGAGUAAAACAUCAGGUUUCUUGUAUCAAUUGACAACCAACCAAGACUCGGAUACUGAUUUCACUGAUAUCAGGGACCGUAAACAGACACCUCAGUCUGUUGCCCUGUUGUUCUCCUUCAGUUUUGUGGCCAUUAAAAUUAUUCUUGUCUGUGCAAGUAGUUCCUUUAACAAGCUAAAAGAUGCUUGGGUCCAAGUGGCUUAUUUCAUCAAGAACGCACUUGUGUUUGGCCAGACACUCAAGUUUCUCAAGGCAAAAUCAGAUAAAUCACCUAUCCCUUCUACACCUGUAACAGCAGGAUUAUCGCCCAGUCCUCAUCAGGGUCCAUUGUCUCCUGGUCUACCUCCUCUAGAGCACUCAUCAUCCGCUGCAUUCUCAUUCACAACACCUUUGAAUAUAGGCACUAUUUACGAUUUUACCACCUGGCGAUUCUUGGAGUUUGUGACAAUCUAUCGUUGUCCAUUGCUUGUGUUGCUCAAGGACUUUAUUCAUGAAAAGUUGUUGCAUAUGGGAGGGAAUAGUAGCCAUAAUCGAUCUUCACUGUAUGCACCACCGAGUCCUCGGAUCAGCAUUGUUCAUAAUUCACCACAUCACAGUAGUAGUGGUAGUCACAUGACACGCUGGAAGAGUUGGGGUGGCCCACCUUCUUCUCCACCUCGUCAUACGUCCAUUCGUAUCAAUGUGCAAGAUACAGAAGAAACGUGUGGACUAGGCCUCCAUAUACCUCCUCCUCCUUCUUCGCCUUCUUCUGUCUCCAACCAUGACUUUUCUGAUCAUGACAGUAGUCACUCCCCUAUGAAACCUAAUAUCAGCCGACCCUUAUCCUCAGUGUCUGUCAGUCCAUUGUUUAACAGCCAUCCUAGAGAAGGAUCCACUGUGUUACAUAUCUUGCAUGCAGAAUCAAUUACUUCUGUAGUGCAUGUACAAAUAGCGAUGGGAUUUAAACCUUCUUUACCCUGGAUGGCAGCCAAACGUCAUCAAUUGAAACCAUGGAGUCACCGAGAAGCAGUCCAUCGAUUCACACAAGAAUGGCAAUUAUUGUUACAACUUUAUUUAGAGGUGGAUCAUACAGCUAUUAAAUCACAACCUAUUGAAUAAAGAAAAAAAAAGUCACC